ACUCAGUUCAGUCUUUCUUUGGUGCUCACCGGCUGCGCGUGCUAAGCUCCGAGCUGCUAGGUCCACAACCAUACCAUUCAGAUACAGUAUCCGAACUCCGGGCAAUCCGCUGCCGCUUUAUAAACAAACAGUUAAACAAACCGACCGCUCGACGUCGCCGUGUGUGUGUGCUUCUGUGCUUUUCGCCCUCAUUGUGCUCUCGUGCAAAUGAAAAUUUCAUUGAGCAGAAAGUCGCAGCAGCAGCAGCAGCAGCAGCAGUAGAAAAGUGGAAAAUCCUAAAGCGGCGCCAGCCCCAGCAAAAAAGAAAAUAAAUUAAAAAUCUCGGCUAGUGAAAUUUCAGUCGAGAACUAGACGCUGCAAUUAAGCCAAAUACAGACCGAACCACGUCGAGUCCACCGCUGGAAAACUGCCAAAACCGCCACGCCAAUUGAUUGAAGGCGUUCCGCAAAUUGAAGUUCAAUCAGCGCAGCUUGUACCGCUAAAUCGAUCGCCCAAGAUGCAGUGCGGUCUGGAGCAGAUGAACGACUGCGAGCGGUCGCCGAACCGGACGAACCUCCGGGUCAACUUCAACGAGAAGGGGGCGGAGGUGAAGGAGCGGCGGGAGAAGUUCCUCACGGCCAAGUACGGGUCACACCAGAUGAGCCUCAUCCGCAAGCGGCUGGCCGUGGAGAUGUGGCUCUACGACGAGCUCCAGAAGCUCUUCGAUCCACCAAACGAGGCCAUCGAUGUGGACAUUGACGAGAUACUGGACAUGGACACAGAUGACAUCAGGAGAUCUCAUCUUAUUAGAUUACUGUCAGUCUGCAAACGCCCGCAAUCAGACAUAUCGAAGUUCAUUGGCGAUCUGCUGGAUCGCGCAAAAACGCUGUAAAUGCGAUGCCUCAUUUGAAAAAUCAUCCAGCAGACCUACACAUAUAUUAUGCAGAUAAACAACAAGAAAUAACAAAACCUAGAUCAUUAAGUUUAGCUUGGAAGGCAAAGAACGAAGAAUUCGGGUUGCGAGUCUUGAAAUCUACCUAUUCGAACACUGUGUUGAUUUUUUCCAUGUACUUUAGUUGUUAGUUUGUAUCUUUGCGCUGAUUAAUUUGAAGUCUAACCUAAUUUAAGCUACCCAUGAAAACGAUGAUGAACACGAUGAAGAUCGUUAGCCCUAAGCUUAUGGUGUAAUGCCGCCAAAAACAUAAUACUUCAUCAAUUUUGUGAUGAUAUUUUUUUAAUAAAACACAAACAUGAUAUGCCCCGGAAAACCAAAAGCAAAUGUUCAGCUACAUUUGAAUUGAACACCAUGGCAAAAGGAUAAGCCUGUGUAGUUAAAGAAAUACGAUUAGAUCCAAUCUUGAGGGGAUUCCAAUCCCCUACACUUCGGUUGUUUUGCAAAACUAGUUUAUUUGCAUGUGUGUGCUUCAUUUAAUCCCCUAUCUAUACCAUGAUAGACCCAUGAGUAUCAUAUAUAUGAGUAUCUAAAAGAACAUUUUGUAUGUAAAGUGUGCGAUCACCAAGUCAAAGAUGAAAGCUCAGGUUCACUGCCAAAACGUGGAGGAGGAAGAUCUUGUAUGCGCAGUCAACAAGUACAAACGGAUACGGAAUACAGAAGCACAGUAAGGCCUGGCAAAACGGAAUUUUAACAGCACAUCCAAAACUUUGUUCUCGAAAACCGAUCUGAGCGAUCGAUCGAAUUGAAAUGAACAAUAUUCACAACCCAUAAAAACAAUUGCAUUUUAGAAAGCCCGAACUACACGUAAUAGUUGUAAAUAAAAUAAUUACGAAUCCACUACAGCUCGACUCUCAAAAAUUUGUAAAUACCCUCGGAAAGCAUCAACACUUCUUCGCUCCACGAAAUCUACACCUCUUUGUAGUAGUUUCUAAACAAUUUGUAGCAAUCGAAAAACCACUUAAAAGUAUUUUAAUUGUGCUCAAUAUAGGCGGAAGAAAAGAUACGCUAUUAUGAUUCUGUUUUAGCACACCUAGACUAUCAAAACCUACUUCUCUCUACCAGGUCUAAAACGAAUUAGUAUCUUCUUAAAAAUGCUAUUUGCAUACUAGUAGCAACCAAUUAAUCACCGCAUUAACCCAUUGCAACAUUAAAAGAACGCAUAUAACGAUUAUUUAAGCGAGUUUAGCAUUAAACCAUUCACACUUAAUCAUGCACAUAACUCUCAUUUAAAAGCAAAUUGGAAAAGCACACACAAAAACGUACGCUAAUAGUGCGAAGAGCUGUAAUGAAAGGCUAGCGGAAAAUAUUUAUAAAAUGCAAAGAAAAGUUUACAAUAAAGAUUUAAUUGCUUUAGACAACACA